AUGAUCACGUUUCCUGGACAAACAAUCAGCCGCUCAGAUCUUACCUCGUAUCAUAAUCGGCUGAACGAUCACAUGAGCAGCUGGCUCGGAAACAUGAACGACCACCAUGACCCCAACCCCCACAACCACCAAACGUACCCACGACCCCCCAACGACCACCACGACCCCCACGACCCCCAACGUACCACCACGACCCCACGACCCCCCACAACCACCAACCCCGUAACUCCACAACCCCCACGUACCCCACAACCACCAACGUACCCCACACCCCCACGACCCCCACACACCACAACCACCACAACCCCUACCAACCCCCAACGUACCUCCACCAACGUACCUCAUACCCCAGAAACCGAGGAUUAA